UCCUGACUCAUAAUCAGAUCUAGUGGAAUUUCAGCGCUUGGCCCCACCGCCGGAUUUCUCUGCUCAUAAUCUCCGGUCAAAAUCUUACCGGAACCACCGUUCUUGGUCGCUGUAGGCUUUGUUUUGGCAUCUCGUUCUGGUCGUUUCUUAUCUUAAAACAGACGAACAAGAUGAAGAAUCGUGAGAGAAUCGCUAAUUUCGCUCUUGGAGUUUUGACAUUGGCACCGCUUGUUGUCAAAGUAGAUCCGAAUUUGAACGUAAUUCUGACGGCAUGCCUCGCAGUUUAUGUGGGUUGCUAUCGGUCUGUGAAGUCGAGUCCUCCUAUGGAGACUAUGUCUAACAAACAUGCGAUGCGCUUUCCGUUUGUUGGAAGUGCGGUGCUGUUAUCCCUUUUCCUUUUGUUCAAGUUUCUCUCGAAGGAUCUGGUCAACACAGUCCUCACAGCCUACUUCUUUGUGCUUGGGAUCGUAGCUCUUUCGGCAACACUGUUACCAUCUAUCAAAAGGUUUUUGCCACAGCCUUGGAAUGACAAUGCUAUUGUCUGGAAAUUUCCGUACUUUCGGUCUUUGGAGAUAGAGUUCACUAAGUCACAGGUUUAUGCUGCAAUCCCCGGAACCUUUUUCUGUGCAUGGUAUGCUUGGAAAAAGCAUUGGCUGGCUAACAACAUACUUGGACUCUCAUUCUGCAUCCAGGGAAUUGAGAUGCUCUCUCUUGGAUCUUUUAAGACUGGUGCCAUCCUCUUGGCAGGACUUUUUGUCUAUGAUAUUUUCUGGGUUUUCUUUACUCCGGUUAUGGUUAGUGUUGCAAAAUCCUUUGAUGCUCCCAUAAAGCUUCUCUUUCCUACGGCUGUUGCUGCUAGACCCUAUUCUAUGCUUGGGCUCGGGGACAUUGUCAUUCCUGGUAUUUUUGUUGCACUGGCGCUUAGGUUUGACGUGUCAAGAGGCAAACAACCCCAGUACUUUACAAGUGCUUUUGCUGGAUACAGUGUUGGUGUGAUACUCACAAUUAUAGUAAUGAACUGGUUCCAAGCUGCACAGCCUGCUCUGUUAUACAUCGUUCCAGCAGUUGUCGGAUUCUUGGCCGUCCACUGCAUUUGGAAUGGUGACAUCAAACCGUUGAUGGCGUUUGAUGAAUCGAAGACGACAGAUCAAUCACGAGAAGAGGGCGAGAAGACAUCGAGUAAGAAAGAUGAAUGAAGACCAGAAGAAAUAUAAACCAAAAGAUGUUAUGUUAGCUGAAGCAGAAGCAGAGGGAAAACAAUUUUGUUUCCGACCGAGGAUCAAUGGCAUGAUAUAUUUGUACUUA